AUGGCUUACCGCAUUUGUUCUUUUGCCCAUCCUCAGCCUGGCCACGUUAGCAUGCCUGGUGGUGGCCCUGGGAUGCCUCCUCACGCUGGUCCAUCUAUGGGCCCUGGAGGAGGCCCCAAUGAUCCCCGUCAGGGCGGUCCUCGGCCAGGCCCUCCUGGACCUCCGCAAAUGAUGCCUCCCCCCGGUCCACCUCAACCCGGUGGCUCCCAGCAUUCUGUUGCUGGAGGUCCAUCUGCCCCCCAAGGACCCGUAUCUGCUGCCAGUGGUAUGCGGUUUCACCAGCCACCUGGACCUCCAGGAGGUUAUGGUCCCCCUAGUCAUUUAAUGCCUCAGGGCCAUCCAAUGCAUCAUCACCCUGGUCCACACGGACCCCCGCCUAGAGCACGUGGUGGCUGGUAUCCUUCUGGUCCCCCGCCCCCUGGAGGCCAUCCUCCCCCUGGAGCUGGGCCUCCUGUUGUAGUCUGUUCAGCUCCUGGUCCCGGUGGCCUUCCCCCCAAUUGUCCUCCCGGCACUCCCGGUGCUCAGUCAAGUGGUCCCCCACCCGGACCUCCUUCCAACUCAGCUGGUCCCAGUCCGGGCCAUCAAGGGACCCCCGGCGGACAGGGCCAGCAAAUGGCUGUUCCAAGCCCAAGCGGUGGCGUCCCGGUAAUAUUUUGCUUAGCUCUUUGGCUCUGA